AUGAGCAAGCAACAGGUUAUGGAGGAGAACAAACCCCUGUGCGAACAGAUUUUCACGCUGAAGGCGCAAGACCGCCCAACAUCUAUGGCAAAAGGCGAGCACCUGCUAACAAGGUUUCCACAGCUACAACAACAGAGUCAGAACGUGAAGAAACUUCUCGAGGACGCUUGUAAGCUCAAGCACAAGCACGCUGUCCUCCAGGCCAACAAUUUCAUUGCCAACAAAUCUCUCAAGGCCAAGACCGCGGCCUACAACAAACUCAUGGAUCGACACGAGCGUCUGAAGGAAGAGCAAGGAUAG